AUGACGGCCCUCCCGCAGCCGGGGUCUCUGAGACUGGAGCUGGCGCGAAGACGAGCUGACGCCUCGCCCAGCACUGCGGUCACUCCUCGGGGCACCCUGGUCUCCUCCUUGCACCCGGAGACGCAUCGGGACUUCCAUUACUCCGCGAAGCGGCAGGCUUAUGGCUCGGUGUCGCCCCGCCUGUGCCACGACGUGCUGAAGCAGCAAGUGGCCCGGGGCAUCCGGGAGAACCAGGAGGACGCGCGGAGCAGGUGGUUCAAGGCAUUCGCUGAGACCCGGAACCAAGAAGCCAGGAGCGCGCGGGCCACGCUGCAGCAGCCGCGGGUGCUCGGCACCUCGGAGCUGCUGGGGCACACCGAGGGGACGACCUUCGGGCUACUGGAGCUUUGA